AAUCAAUGUUGUGGGCUAAUGAUUGCCAGCCUGACAGUAGUGGCUCUAUAUGAAUAUUUAAGAGGUGAUCAGAAUGAUUGCCUACAUUCCUAAGGCUGUAAAGAUUUCUUUCCUGUAAUUGUGUGACCAGUACUGGCAACAAUAUGGUCACACUAUUGCUUUUACUGUUGAGUCUGCAGAGUUUUAACCAAGCUGCAGAAGCAGAAAAGAAGGGACUGGUCUCCGACUUCAUCAGUGCUAUAGUUGAAGGUGUUUUAGAAGCUAUGAAUGAGACGGGAGAGGAAUAUGAUGAGAAUAUUUAUAACACGACUGAAGAAAGCCUUGACUGGCUGCUUAGCCUCCUGGAUGACAUAGAUGAGUGUGAUCCAAAUCCCUGUUACAACAAUGGGACAUGUGAGAACGCUGGUAAUGGUGAUUUCAAAUGUAUUUGCCCUCGACCCUUUAAGGGCAGAAGAUGUCAAGAUGUCAUAAACAUGUGUAUGAAUGUCAAAUGUGGUCGUGGCGAGUGCACCUUGAUCGACAAAGAUCCCUUUUAUGAGUGCAAGUGUUACGCACCCUUUCAGCCUCCCAACUGCAGGAAAGCCUCAUCCUGUAAUCCCAGUCCGUGUCUGAAUGGUGGAACAUGUGUAAAGGGUCGUACAAGAACUCGAUUCCACUGCGAGUGUCCUGAAAACUACAGUGGAAAGUUCUGUCAAGUUGGUCCUAAAGAUUGCUAUGAGGGAGAUGGGUCAUCAUACAGAGGUUUUGUCAGUGAAACAGUGUCUGGAGAUGAGUGUCUGCCUUGGAAUUCUCACCUAAUUAUGAAAUAUGGUCCUUUUGAUGAUGAUGAUGAUGGAGAUGUAAAAGACGAUGGAAUUGGACCCCAUAACUAUUGCAGGAAUCCAGAUGGGGAAAGCCAGCCCUGGUGCUUCAUUAAAUACAAAACCAAAUUGCGUUGGGAUGAUUGCAAUGUCACCCGCUGCCAUGAACCAAGUUCCCCUACUAGCAAAACAACUCUUGAAGAGGAUAUUGUAAAGGGGGAGUUCUCUGAGUGUGGAAAGCCACGGCCAAGUACGAUUACAUCUAGGAUCUUUGGUGGGAGAAAGUCCAAGCCUGGAGCUUAUCCUUGGCAAGCUUCUGUACAGACACGCCUUAGAAAUAGCACUGAGGACUUCAGUCAUUUUUGUGGUGGAACUCUCCUCAACUCCUGCUGGGUCCUUACUGCUGCUCACUGCAUUGACAACACAACUGAGAUGCAGGUGGUCUUGGGUGGGGUGGACCUGAUGAAGGAAGAGGCAGCAGAUCAGACUGUGGAAGUUGAAUAUUAUAUCAUGCAUGAGAACUACACAUCAACUGAUAAAGCUGUAUACAAUGACAUAGCCCUGCUCAAACUGAAGCCUGUAUCUGAAGAUGGACUUUGCGCCAGAGAGACCAGGUUUGUCAAAGCUGCCUGUUUGCCCCCUGGCCCUUUUCCCGAUGAGAUGACGUGCACUAUAUCAGGCUAUGGAGUCACUGAGACAGGCAGUCUUUCUAAACAGUUACUGGAUACAAAAGUUCUCCUGAUCAACCAGAGCCGUUGCAUGGAUGAGGAUGUUCUUGGUGAAGUGCUCGAUGACAGCACCUUCUGUGCUGGACGGAUGCAAGGAGGGGUUGAUACUUGCCAGGGAGACUCUGGAGGCCCCUUGAGCUGUAAGCAGAAUGACAUACAUUACAUCUAUGGAGUGGUGAGCUGGGGGUACGGCUGUGGAAUUAAGAGUAAACCUGGCGUUUAUGCCCGUGUCACUCACUUUAUUGACUGGAUCAAUGAAAAAAUGCACCCCUUGUAGAGUUGCAGUGAGCAUGCAUUAUUGAUUUAUGUUUUAAUAAAAUGACACCAGACAAUUGAAAGCAAA